AUGCUUCACGAAGUCGAUGAACUGUUAGAUUUAUAUGGUGUCGUUGGUUCUGGAGCUUCUUCAAAACAAAUAAUACAAGCACCACGAAACUCUUCAAUAUUUUGUGGAUGGUGUAAUACCGGAGCAUCAUUGAAAUGUUUGGAUUGUAAUGAAUUUAUGUGUUCAGAUUGUUUAAAAAAUCAUAGAAGCAGUCCAUUUUCGACUAAUCAUUCUGUAAUUGCAGCAAGAGAACCAUCUACAACACCAUCGCUUACAGAAGUUGCAUUCUCAAUUUCAACGUCAGUUCGAAAAAAAUGUGAUGUUCAUGAUAAAGUUUUACAAUUUGUUUGUGAAUUUUGUAAAAAAUUGAUUUGUCAAUGUUGCACAUUAAAUGAACACGAAAAUCAUAAUAUAAUUCAAAUACGUUCAUUUGCUGAAAAAUCUCAUGAGAAAAUCAAUGAUGCUUUAGAAAGUAUUAGUAUUGGUAACAAAUGUAUUCGAAGAAGUAUUGAUAAAACACUAGCAUUUAUACGAUUAUUGGAUCGAAACAGUAGUGAUGUCUCUGAUAAUGUACGUAAAACAUUUCGUCAACUUACUUUGGCACUUGAAGAUCGAGAAAAAUUACUUUUAGAUAUGGUUGAAAAAUUAAAAAUCCGUCGAUUAAAUAUAUUAAAUGAUCAAAUGGCUGGUUUGAAAAGUGCUCUAAGUGGUUUAGCUGAAACAGCUGACACAUUGCAGAGGUUAAUGCACGAAGUUAGUUACAUGGAUAGUAUUGAUAUUGUAUUGAAAAUAAUAAAUGGUGAAAGACAGUUGGAACAGUUUGCGUCAAUAUAUAAAGAUUUGCAGCCAAAACAAGAAACGAUUGUAUUUAAUCCUCCUGAUUUUAAUUUAUUGACAAGCAUGAAAAUGUGCGGAAGAGUUGUGUUAGCCGGAGAGAAUGCUUCAAGCAUUAAUCCUUAUGAAUCACCAACUCCUGGAAAUCUUGACGUACUAAUUAAGCGGCACACAUUACAAGAUUCUAUUGCAGCAGCUCCAAAUUUAGCUGGUGCUAGCGCCAAUUUUGACACAACAUCCGAUUGGUAUUUGCAUACUUCGAAGUUAUCACAAUAUGGUUUUACAUUAAGUUCAACACGUAUUACUCAGUGUAUUCCAGGUGCUCUGGCUCCAGUACAUGUAAAGGUAUUUGGCGAAAAUGAUCUUCCAAGUUUAUCAUUUGGGUUGGAAGGACACGAAGAUGGCCAAGUAAGUCGUCCAUGGGGUUUGUGUAUUGACAAGUAUGGAAAUAUUUAUAUAUCUGACAGAAGAAAUAACCGAGUACAAGUUUUCCGUUCUGAUGGAACUCUAAUGUUUAAGUUUGGUCGGAAAGGCGUAGGUAAUGGUGAAUUUGAUUUGCCAGCUGGGAUAUGUGUUGAUGUUGACAAUCGGAUAAUUGUUGUUGAUAAAGAUAAUCACAGAGUACAAAUAUUUUCGUCAACUGGAAUGUUUUUAUUAAAAUUUGGCAGUUGCGGCAAAGAGUACGGCCAAUUUCAAUACCCUUGGGAUGUAGCUGUAAACUCUCGUAGACAAAUUGUUGUCACUGAUUCAAGAAAUCAUAAAAUUCAACAAUUUGAUUCCGAAGGUCGAUUCAUAAGGCAAAUUGUUUUUGAAAAUUUUAAACAAAAUCGGGGAAUAGUAUCACCACGUGGUGUAUGCUAUACGCCUCAAGGAAAUAUAAUAGUCUCAGAUUUUGAUAAUCACUGUUUAUACUUGAUUGAUCCUGAUAUAAAUGAGAUUUUAGCUGUUAAGGGCCAAGAAGGAUCUGGUCAUCAAGAAUUUAAUCGCCCUUCUGGAUUAUGUUGCGAUGAUACCGGAAAUAUUAUUGUUGCUGAUUCUAAAAAUCAAAGAAUUAUUGUGUUCAAUCAAAAUUUGGAAUUUCAGUGGGAUGUUGAAGUUCGUCCAUCUCAAAACCCCCGAAUGCCUUCAACAUUAGAUGAAAAGGAUAGAACAUGUAAUGUUGCUUUAAUGCCUGACGGACGGAUAACAUUUCUGAUUGAAUUAUCCCCUGACGCAAAGGAGGGUUCUAAUCCUCAAAAGCGUUUCGUUCAUGUUUUAUAA